UACCGUUUAGUUUUAGAUUGAAUGCAAUCGUUAAAGUGAAAAUGUCCCUCGGGCGGCCCGGCCUGUCCCAAGACACAGUUAGAUUAUUUUGACUACUGCUUAGUAUGUAUAACCCUAAAUUCGGACGUUUUAAAUAACAAGUGAGAUGGGAUUGAAUACAUUGAGAGCAAUGUCAAAUUUAUAAAUCGAUACAGAAUUAUCUAAAUGUAAAUAUUAAGUAUCUCUAAUUCUAUAUAGUGAAGUCCGGUCCUCACACAAAAAAUAUGCAUUACUUGAUUUUGACGGUUAGCGCUCACCGUAGUAGCAUGUAACAUCCUCUCACUCGUGUCCGGAUUAUGCGUCCAUUUCUUUUGAUUUUUCCGACGUUUUUGUCUUGAUCAUACGUAAAUAUUCAAAUACCAUGUUUCGGUCGCUGUGUAGAUAUUUUGGAUUCAUUCUACUGGUCGUUGUUAUCAUUAUUGCCAUCAGAACAGUCACUUUCUCCGUGCGCACUGACCCCGUUAGAAGCUGUCGUCUGACUGACAAAGAUUACAUCCGGGCAACUGAUGAAGUGAUUGAUAGAUUUCGGAAGUCUUUGCAGUUUCAGACCAUUUCUAAAAACCCACAUCAGUAUGAUAUUGUGGAACUGCAGAAGAUGGUGGACUUUGUCCACGCAGCAUUUCCUGUAGUACAUUCCUCGAAACUUGUAACCCACGACGUCGUUAACAACUACAGCCUGCUGUACAAGGUGCAGGGUUCGAACCCUGAACUACGUCCGUAUAUGUUGUGUGCGCAUUUAGACGUAGUGCCUGUGGACAGAAAUGCAUGGGAGGAGGAACCCUUUGGAGCAAAUAUAAAGGAUGGAUUCAUUUAUGCACGUGGAACAAUAGAUGCCAAACACAUUUUAAUGGGUGUACUCGAGGCAACAGAGUUCCUACUUAAAUCAAACCAUAAACCUCAAAGGACGUUUUAUAUUGCAUUCGGGCAUGAUGAGGAGGUUACAGGCUUUGAUGGUGCUGCGAAAAUCAGCGAACUUUUGUACAGCAGGGGCGUACGUGAUCUUGAGUUCCUCAUUGAUGAAGGAACAACCAUUGUCAACAAUCUCUUUCCAGGAGUUCACAUUCCCAUAGCUGUAGUUGGAACAUCGGAGAAAGGAUCCCUGAAUGUUGAGCUCUCGGUAACAGGAAUCCCGGGACAUUCAUCUAUGCCAGCAGGGGAGACAACUAUUGCAACAUUAGCAAGGGCAAUAACUAGGCUAGAAGAAAAUCCCCACCCUAAUAUGUUUGGUACGGGUCCAGAGAAAGACACCUUUACUCACCUGGCAUCCAGUCUGUCCUUGCCUUUCCGAGCGGUAAUAACAAAUUUAUGGUUGUUUGGACCAGUUGUUUCAAGACUGUUUUCAAGAAUCCCGUCUCUGAAUGCUCUCGUGAGAACUGUAACUUCCGUAACCAUGGUGAAUGGGGGCGUGAAGGUCAAUGUUUUGCCAUCUUCAGCGACAGCAGUGGUCAAUCAUCGUAUCCACCCUGCACAGACCGUGGAGGAGGUAUUAGCAUAUGACAAAAAGAUUAUAAAUGAUGAGCGCGUGAAGCUGCGUGUGGUAGCGUCUAUGGAGCCCCACCCUAUGUCUGCGUAUGGAGAUAAUGACUUUGGUUAUCAGACGAUAAAGAACAGCAUUAGGCAAAUUUGGACCAAUGCUACUGUAGUGCCAGGUGUGAUGAUAGGGAACACUGACACGAUACACUACGUCCGCUUCACCGAGAACAUUUACAGGUUUAGUCCCACCUUUAUGUAUCCUGAGGAUCUUAAACGUUUUCAUGGAAAUAACGAACGACUUUCAAUUCAUAAUUAUGAACAAGCUGUUAAUUUUUACUAUCAUUUGCUUGUCAAUGCUGAUGAGAUAAACUUACCACCUAUGCAUAAACACGGGGAUGAAUUGUGAUCAUUGUUUUUGGUAUAAAUAUUUUUUUUAUGAAAAUCAUGCUUAUUAUAAUCAUAAAACCUGUCUAAAUAUCUGUGCCAUUUACAAAAGAACAAGAUAUAAAUAUGUUGAUGUAGUAUAUUUUAAGAUUUUAUUGUACACGUAUUUGUAACCUUUUAUUCAAGUGAAAAAAUGUGAUGUCUUUCUUUCAUUGAUGAGAAAAUGAAGAGUACGAUUUAUUGGAGAAUUGAUGCAAUUUCUGUAUAUUACGUUAAUUUAGGAGAACAUUUAAAAGUACAACUGUGCUAGUUUGUGAUACUUGUGUCUGAUAAUUAGUUAGACUGGGACCUAGAAUGUGUGUGUAUAUAUCACUAUUAGUAACGAGUUCAUUAGAAUUAAGUUUUGUGAUUUUGUUACGUGUAUUAUUAAUCAAAAUGUUGUAUGUGAAUUUUCUAUCGGGUUCAGUUGCGGACGUGGUGCUGUGGACUAAAGUCCAUGUUGAGAUGACUUGGAUCAAUUAAAAUACAUUUACAUAUCUCAGGACUGCUGUUGAAUAUAGUGCUUUAUUUUGUGACUAUUCGAAACAAUUUGAUUUUUCUAUGUUAUUUGAUUUACGAAUUUGAAAUAGUAUAAAAUGGUCUAUAUGAA